AUGCGUUCUCAGAUACGAGGCCAACAGGGAUAUACCGAUGUGGAAACCGGAAAGUUUGUGUUGUGGGACAUGGCACAUGACAACCGCAUCCGCGGUCCUAACGAUGAUACCCAGGGACUUCUGCGAAGCUGGAGCGACGCACCGGGCGCAGAAGGUCGACCUCCAUCCGGUCCUCGCGGCGAUGGCUACUACAGCCGGAAUAACAAGCGUAUGCGACCGGUCGAGCGUCCAGUCGAGCGACCGGAGAAGCUCAUGCCUGAGACGGAAAUUGUCGACCUUGAUUACUAUGACUAG